AUGGCUGUGGCUCUGGGCUGUGCAAUCCAGGCCUCCUUGAAUCAGGGCUUCAUGCUUGAAGAGUAUGAUACAGACUGUGAAGUCUUCCGUCAGCGGUUCAGGCAGUUCCAAUACCGAGAAGCGGCCGGGCCUCAUGAAGCUUUCAACAAACUCUGGGAGCUUUGCUGUCAGUGGUUGAAACCAAAGAUGCGCUCUAAAGAACAAAUCCUGGAGCUGCUGGUGUUGGAGCAAUUCCUGACUAUUCUGCCCACUGAGAUAGAGACCUGGGUGAGGGAACACUGCCCUGAGAAUAGAGAAAGAGUUGUGGCACUGAUAGAAGACCUACAGAGGGAGCUUGAGAUACCAGAGCAGCAGGUGGGUAGGCAGGAAAUGUUCUUGGAAGAACUGGCACCCAUGGGAACCACACACAUCCCGUCCAAUAUCCAGCUGGAGGCACCAGAUUUCCACAUCCCAGGCCCUUCCCAGGAGGCCGCAGUGGCACAGACAUGGAGCCCACAGGCAGGGCCACAGACACUGAGCUAUGAUGCACUUGGGGAAUGCCUACCGUUUGCUGAGCCAGGAUAUCCAAUAUUAAAGCUUGACUUGAACUUCCCAGUGGAGCACAGAGAAGAGCCAUGGGUGAAGGAUUUACAGGAUUCCAAAGAAUUGAAACAAUUUCAUGAUCCCAAGAUAGGUUUUGAGAUUGAGAGGGAAAAUGAAGCUGAUACUUCAAAACAGAAUAAACUGGAGAAUAUGUAUCCAUUUAUUGUUACUCUAGAGGGGAAUGCUCUACAUGGUCCUAUUUUGCAAAAAGACUAUGAACAGUUAGAAAAUCAGUGGGAGCCUCCUCCUCCAUCUCCUCCUCCCCCUCCCACUUCCCCUCCUCCUCCCCCUCCUCCAGAGGAGCUACAGACAGAUUUAACAAAACUUAUCAGUUCUCAGAACCAUCCUGUAGCAGGGCAACCCGAGAGCUCCAAUCUGGAAGAACUUGUCACCCCUAGACCUCACAAGAAAAAGAAUCCAGGAGAGAAACCUCACCGAUGUCCUCAGUGUGGAAAAUGUUUCGCUCGGAAGUCACAGCUUACUGGGCACCAGAGAAUUCAUUCGGGAGAGGAACCUCACAAGUGCCCUGAAUGUGGGAAGAGCUUCCUUCGUAGUUCUGACCUUUACAGACACCAGCGACUUCACACUGGUGAGAGGCCUUAUGAGUGCUCUGUAUGUAAAAAACGAUUCACUCGCAGGUCACACCUUAUAGGGCACCAGAGAACCCAUUCUGAAGAAGAAACCUACAAAUGCCUUGAGUGUGGGAAGAGUUUCUGUCAUGGAUCUAGUCUCAAAAGACAUCUGAAAACUCACUCGGGUGAAAAACCUCACAGGUGUCACAGUUGUGGGAAAAGCUUCAUUAGGCUGACAGCCCUUACUUUGCACCAGAGAACUCACACUGAAGAGAGGCCUUUUAAAUGUAAUUACUGUGGGAAAAGCUUUAGGCAGAGACCAAGCCUUGUUAUUCAUUUAAGAAUUCAUACUGGGGAGAAGCCUUAUAAGUGUAGUCAUUGUUCCAAAAGCUUCAGACAGAGAGCAGGCCUGAUUAUGCAUCAGGUUACUCACUUUCGGGAAGAUUUCUUUAAGAAUUGUUGA